AGAUCAUCGAUUUCAUUGGUUGUGUCUAAAACACGAAAUUGUUUACAAAAUUACUUCAACACUGAUAUCAUUCCUCCUUAUCCGCUUGGCAUAAAGGGAUUCAUGUAUUACUUUUUUACACAAUUAAGGCAUUUAAAGCCAGGGACUUUACAGAUCACUGAAAAAUGGCAGAGACGCAAGGGAAAGAUGAUGAAUGGCUAAUGAAAUUGGAUCAGCAGUUCCAAGAAAUAGCAGGAGAUGAUAACCUCAUUGAUUUGGAUGAAUUCAAGAAAGCACUGAGAGUCAAAAAGUCGUUCUUUGCGCUUAUUGACACGGACAAGUCAGGGAGUAUCACUCGGAAUAAACUCAUAGCUGGUCUCCGGUUUCUGUUCGAUGGAACUCAAGAAGAGAAAAUCAACUUUCUCUUCCGGGUGUACGACGUAGACGGAAGUGGGUACAUAGACUUCGACAAGCUCAAGACAGUAAUACGCUUUUGCACAACUGAAAGUGCGUUGACCCUUAGCGAUGAAACCUUGACUGAACUAACCCAGACACUUUUCGACUAUGCCGAUGUCGAUGGCAAUGGUCAAGUGAGCUAUGAGGAGCUUUCGCAACAGCUACAGCGAUACCCUGCAAUUACAGCUAACCUUAGUCUCAGCGCCGCCGAUUGGCUUAAUCCUAAAAAGAAGAAGCUCAAACAGCAACCAGCAAGAAAGACUUGCUGCAGUUAUCGCACAAUCCAGAAUCACCUCUCCGUCAUCAUCUUCUGGGUCGUCUUCGUUAUCAUCAAUGUCGGACUAGCAGGAUGGGGUGCAUACCAGGGUUAUGCGAGCGUCAAGGAUGCAAGGGACCCAGCUGCUUUGGCCAUUGCAAGAAGUGCAGGUAUUUUUUAGAGGGCGCUGUUUCCCUAGCGCAGAGAGCAAUUUGUGUUGCUGAAAUUUCUCUUCUUUCGUAGACGACUAAGAAAAGUUAUUCUUUCAGGUACUAGUAAGUCUCGUUGCAUGUGAAUCUGUAAUCAUUAUGAACUGACUUUUGUGCAAUAUUGAACUAUGGCUUUUGGUGUAUUUUCAAGUUUCAUGAAACUCUGGAUGCUUUUCAUUUGUGUUGUUACCACGUAUACCUGUUUGCAGUGUGUUAAACCGAAGAGUAUUAUCUUCUCAAACGACUUUGAACUUGGAAGAAGGUCGUUUGGUCAAACUGAGGAUAAAAUGACCACUCUAAUCGAGCAACGGACAAUAGACUUACCUCGGCGCCUCACGUACUCAGUGAAUGAUCUUUAUAGGUUACGUAACAAACAAAAGGUGCCGUUGCCAUCACAAACGAAGUUGGUUGCUAAGCAGUACGGGAUUACGAGAACUCGAGGAUGCAGAGGGGGCUCUCGUAAACUGCGAAAAAUACCCGUUCGCGUAAAUUAUCGAAACGAUGGACUAAGAGAUCCCUCCCAAAAGAGAUCAUCUAUUGAUCGAUCGAACUUGAUAUCCAUCUCACCCUUACAUGUGACAAAUGAGAAAGAGAAGAAACAUGAAAAAUACGAUUUCCCCCGUAUUUUCAUGUCUAAUCUCAGGUCUCUAUCGAACAAGUUUGACGAAUUUGAAACUUUGAUCCAAAUAAACAAACUGGAAGUGUGCGCCAUUACCGAGACAUGGUUCACAGCGGAUACAGCAAACUCUUUCAAUGUGGAUGGAUUCUUACAUUUCUCAAAAUGCCGUACUAAUCGCAAAGGAGGGGGUGUCUCUCUGUACAUUAGUGACGGCAUGCAGCCGAGAACUGUUUCCAUACCCGUCCCAGAAGACUUAGAGGUUGUGUGGUGUAAAAUCCGCCCUUUUCGGCUUCCAAGAGAUGUUUCUGAAGUGUAUCUCGCUGCUGUAUAUUCACCUCCCAACAAUGACAAAGAGCAAGAGCUCGUUGAUCACAUCAUCAGCACUAUUGACGAGUUGACAUCUCAUCAUCCAGAUGCCGGUUUUGCUAUCAUGGGCGAUUUUAACCGACUUAAUACGGAUGUGAUCUGCUCCAACACGAGUCUUGUCCAGGUUGUUAAUUCACCAACGAGGGAUGAAGCUAUACUCGACAAGGUACUGACGAAUAUGACGAAGUUCUACGAUUCACCAGUGAUUACCUCACCUGUUGGCAUGAGCGACCAUAUUUCUAUCAUUUGGACACCAUCGUCAACAAGUGAAUAUAUGCCAAACAAAAUGUCCAUACGUGUUGUCAGACCAAUGCGUGACUCCGAUCUGACAGCUUUUGGCCAGUGGAUAUCGUCGAAUGACUGGUCAUGUGUUACAGACGCCUUGACAGCAUCAGAAAAAUGUGAGGCCUUUUACUCCUCUCUCUUUUCAGCCAUGGAUGCGUACAUGCCCUCGAAGACGGUAAAGAUUCAUGUCAGGGAUAAACCUUGGGUUACACCCGAGAUCAAGUCCCUCAUAACAAGACGUCAGCACCUUUUUGCUAGUGGCCCGGAGAAAGACUGGAAAGCCUGCAGAAACAGAGUCAUAAGAUCCAUCAAAGUAGCAAAGGCUCGUUUCUACCAUGAUCGUAUUGCCCAACUUAAGACAGAUGACCCUGCUUCUUGGUAUAGACAUAUCAAGGUCAUGACCUCCCAACAAAAGUCCAGUCAAAUAAUUCAAGCUCCAGGGAUUAAUCAGCUGGAAACUGUAAAGGUAGCUAACGCCAUCAACAGGCACUUUUCUCAAGUUGCUGCUGACAUUCCUCAACUGGAUCUUUCGAAAUUACCAACCUUCCUCCCAUCACAAACGGCGCCCCCUGUUGUCCAACCGUGGGAAGUGUAUCGUGAACUUAAACGUAUCAAACCAGGAAAGUCGUCAGGUCCAGAUGGCAUUCCUGCAAGAUUGAUCAAGAUGUUUGCCUGUGAACUCAGUUCUCCAUUAUGCAGCAUCCUGAACAGUUCGUAUGCGGAGGGUGUAGUGCCUACUAGAUGGAAACAGGCAAUAGUAGUGCCAGUUCCUAAAGAACAACCUGCCAGAAUCGACAAGCUGAGACCCAUAGCUCUCACCGACCACUUCGCGAAGGUUGCAGAAUUGUUCAUCACGAAGUGGCUAAUGACUGAUAUAUCACCGGUCCUUGAUGUGAAACAGUUUGGAAGUAGGCCAGGUAGAUCAACAACCCACUGUCUUGUUGACAUUUUGAACUUCCUAGCCAAACAUACCGAUAAGUUAUCAACUUCUGUUACACUAGUCACAACCGACUUUUCAAAGGCUUUUGACCGAGUAGACCAUUCUAUCGUCAUUUCGAAGCUUAUUGAUCUCUGUUGUCGUCCAUGUAUCAUCCCAUGGAUCAUAGACUUCCUCACUGGUCGUACCCAGUGCGUCCGCUACCAAGGUGUCAUAUCAGACAUUACUCCUAUGAGCGCAGGUGUACCACAAGGUACACGGCUUGGCCCGGUGCUCUUCCUAGUUCUUAUCAACGAUGCUCUAGCAUCAUCCAAAAUGGAGUUAUGGAAAUAUGUAGAUGAUAUGACACUAGGUGAAGUGAAAACGAGGGGUGCAGCCAGUGAGGUACAAGACACACUUGAUGAGCUAAAUGUAUGGUGUAAUACAAAUAAAAUGAACUUGAAUGCCAGUAAAUGUCAAGUGAUGAGAGUGGACUUUGGGAAGAAUCCACCCCCACCACUGAUUGUUGAAAUAGGCAACCAGACCCUGAACGAAGUAAAUGUGAUGAAAAUACUUGGUAUCCUUAUCCAAUCAGACCUGAAAUGGAAUGACCACAUUAGUUCAAUGAUAGCUAAGGCUAACAGGCGAAUUUACAUGUUGAGGCAGCUCAGACCUUUUAAACUCCAACAGGGUGAUCUACUGACCAUUUAUACUGGUUACGUGAGGCCUUUGGUGGAGUAUGCUGUGCCAGUUUGGCACCCAGGUCUGACUACCCAACAGCGAGCACAAAUCGAAAGAAUACAGAAACGAUCUCUCCGAAUUAUUCUUGGCCCACUGUACAUCACCUAUGAGAAUGCCCUACAAAUCACAAACCUGAAAUCACUCGAAUUAAGACGACGGGACUUGUGUAUCAAAUUUGCCAAGUCCCUACAAAACUCACCCACCUUCAGAUCCUGGUUGCCUAAUCCUAGACUAAACACAAAAUCACUCCGAAGAAUUGCUCCCUACGAUCAGAUUAAAUGCAGAACACAAAGGUACAAACUUAGUCCAAUCCCAUAUCUAAUUAGCUUAUUGAAUGAAUCCUAGAUAAAAAAGACAAUCAGUUUGUUGUGAUCUGUAUUAUGACCUCUUCCUAAAUCCUUUUUUUUUCAUAUCUCCUCUCUCUCUCUUUCUUCUUUAUCUUUCUCACCCUCCAUCUCCAUCUCUUUCUCUUUCUCUCGCUCUCUUUCCCUUCAUCCAUCAUUCUCUCCAAUUCUUUCUCUAUCUCACCAUGCAAUGUGACUUAUUAUUAUUAUUGAAUUAGAAUAAUCAGCGACUACCUGUAAUGUUUCAGUAAAACGAAAUAAGUAUACAAAACUCUCUGUAUAUAAAACUUUAUUCUAAUUAUUUACCCAUUGUUACCCACUUCCAUUUCUCCUUAUACUCUGAAUACGUUACUAAUUCGAAAUAUUGAUAUUCUCAAGUCAAAUUUAUCCAAUCCAAUUCACUUACAUCAUAAAUCCUUCCAAUCCACUUUCUCGUAUACAUGUACUAUAUCUUAAGCAAAUUUUGAAACCUCUGCAAUUACUUAUAUUUGAAAAUAUUCUGUUGAUUCAUAUUAACCCCCAAAGUACAUUUUUUCAUGCUUUGUGUAUUUUUAUAAUUCUAUUUUGAUACUGUUAUGUUUUAUGUUGUUUUUUUAAUGUAAAAGUUCUGUACAAUUCAGCUCUUGCUGCGAACAGUCUUUGAAUAAAAUACCAUUAUUAUUAUU